AUGCCGAAGAUUGCUCAGCUCUUCAAUUCGAAGUCUAACGAGGCCAAAUAUACUUCGCGCCGGGACCAGCUGACGAAAGGCUUCAAGUGCAAAGCCGAAGAGUGUACUCUCGUAUUUCUGAACCAUGCCACCCGCGAGCUGCAUUUCCGUGCCGAACACGGUCAUCCCGCCACACCUCCGAACGAUUCCGUCAGCCCCUCGGACAUUCCUGCAGUCAGCGAACUAAAGGGAGUGGAAUCAGAUUACCAGACGGAAGAGGAGCAAGAUGAGACCAGGCUUUUCUGUCCGGUCGGAUGCGGUGCACACUUCCCCAAGUAUUUCCAAGUCUCCCGCCACAAGUGGCAGCAUAUUCCAAGAGAGAAACGCCCACGUUGUCCGGGAACGAAGGGUGGACAACCUUGUGAUUACCUCUAUUCCGGGCGCGCAGAUGUGAUGAAGGCGCACUGGCAAGUAUACCACACCCAGCACGAUGGACCGUACCCUGCACCAAAGUGGGAGACGUUUGAAGAAGUGUGUGCUAAGCUCCAUAUCAAGCAUUCUCGCCGCGAUCUCACUGCCCCGCGCCCUCGUCAUAAAGCGCCUACUCGUCCAUCUGCUCUCUCUACACCCUCCUCGAUGCUAGCGCCCACGAUCCCCUUAACGUACCAGCCUGCGCCGGCACAGCCGACUUCUGGAGGACAUUUUGACCCCUGGCUACCGAUUACAUCUCUUGUGAGCCAGCCUGCGACCGGAGCGUUCCUCGCGGAGGGUAUGGAUGGAGGCUACAAUAUGGAGUUUGGCAGUGAAUUUACGCUUGCAGCCUGGGGGCUUUAG